CGUUUCCACGGCACCACUACAGAAACUUAAUUCAAAUCCCAAUUUUUAUCUUUAUUUUCAAAUUUAAUUCAACCCAAUUUCACUGCAUCAAUCUGCUGACUCUAUUUUUUCCCGUCUUUAAAUUCCUAAAUUAUGGGUGAAUUUUGAAUUGCAGUAAGUUAAAAAAAAUAAACUUAUUUCAUCUGGUUUUGCAUUGAUGAUGCAAAAUUAGAAAAAAAAAAUUAAAAAUUAUGAACAAGAAAUCAAAUAGCUGCUGUGCAAUUUGUGACCACUCAAAUCGUGCUUCUAUUUGCACUAUUUGUGUCAAUUACAGGUUAAAUGAGUAUAAUACCUUAUCGAAAUCAUUAAAGAGCCGCCGUGAUCAGUUAUAUUCAAAAUUGAGUGAAGUUCUUGUUGCAAAGGGUAAGGCUGAUGACCAAUUGAAUUGGAGAGUGCUUCAGAAUGAGAAGCUUGCGAAUUUGAGAGAGAAACUCCGGCGUAGUAAGGCGCAGCUUUCUCAAGGGAAGGCGCAAAUUGAGAAGAUGUCUAAUGAUUUAAAUGUUAAAUACAGGGAGCUAGAAUUAUCUCGUAACGCGUUAGAGAAAAACAGAGUGGAACAACUGCAGAAAAACUUGCCAAACCUUGUCUGUACACAAAGUUUAGGACAUAUGGCAAUCACUUCCGAGUUACUUCAUAAACAAUCAGUAAUCGUGAAACAAAUAUGCAAAUUGUUUCUCCUCCGCCGAGUUAUCGUAGAAGAAAAGGAUGGGUCUAGCAGCCAAUAUGAUAAAAUAUGCACUGCACUCUUACCAAGAGGACUCGAUCCCCAUUCCGUUCCAUCAUAUGAUCUUGCUGCCUCCUUGGGAUACAUGAUCCAACUUCUAAAUCUUGUUGUUCAUAGUUUGGCUGCCCCUGCACUUCAUAACUCAGGUUUUGCGGGUUCUUGCUCCCGAAUAUGGCAGCGAGAUUCUUAUUGGAACGCAGGUCCUUCUUCUCGAAGCAAUGAGUAUCCCCUUUUCAUACCACGACAGAAGUAUUGCUCUACCAGUGGUGAAAAUUCAUGGACUGAUAAAAGCUCGAGUAAUUUUGGUGUUGCAUCAAUGGAAUCAGAGAAAAAGGCUUAUCUGGAUUCUUCUCGAAGUAGCAGCUUCAAUUAUUCCUCUGCCUCUCCACAUUCAGUUGAAACUCAUAAAGAAUUACAGAAAGGGAUUUCACUUUUGAAGAAAAGUGUGGCAUGUGUAACAGCUUAUGGUUAUAAUUUGCUAUGUUUAGAUGUGCCUGCUGAAGCAUCUACUUUUGAAGCAUUUGCGAAGUUGUUGGCAACACUGUCAUCUCCAAAGGAACUUCGAUCUGUCUUUUCAUUGAAAAUGGCUUGUUCUAGGUCAUGUAAGCAAGUUCAAAGAUUGAAUAAAUCCGUAUGGAAUGCGAAUUCUACCAUAUCAUCAAGCUCCUUGCUGGAGAGUGCACAUGCCCUGUAUCUUACGAAAAACAUAAGCGAUAAUUACCUUCCAAAUUCAGCUACCAGUUUUCUUUUUGGCACUGAGAUAUCUGAUUCUGGAAAAAAUGAAAGCCUUUUUGAUGGUUGGGAUCUGGUGGAGCAUCCCACUUUUCCUCCACCACCAUCACAAACUGAAGAUGUGGAGCAUUGGACUCGAGCUAUGUUUAUUGACGCCACGAAGAAUUAAUUUGCUGGCAUUAUUGUCUUCAAAUUUUUUAAAUUUCUGUCCGGAAGACAUUACGCAAAUCAAUGAUGUGGCGGAGAAGGGUAACGGCAUAGGGAUGAGUAUACUAUUGAACAUGUAAAGUUUUAACUUACCAUGGCCAUUGUAAAGUUUUAUGUGUUGGCCUCCAUUUAACUCCAUAGUGUAUAUAGAAACAAUCUAAAUAGGUGUUUACACCUUAACCUUAUCAUUAUUGAGGUGUAUACAUAAUAUACUGAUCCUUUUCUUUUGCAUUUUUCUUUGUAGUAGUCCAAAUGGUUCAAUUUGGUUCUUAAAUAUUUAUUUUCAGACCCCUUUAUAAACAAA